AUGAACCUAGAAUCUGCGACCCCGGAACUCUCCUCCGACGAACGAAAUGUCUAUUCUCCUGCAACUGUGCCUCCCUCGGUGAAAAAUACACUGAAACAAAAGGCCGCUUUAUGGACCCAGUCUACCGAGCCUGCAUCCAUUGAUGCAAAGAACUCAGAAGCCGACACCGAUACAGCUGAAUCAUGCAAUCCGGAAGUACCAGAAGCCCCAGCCGACACCGAUAUAGCAGAGCCCUCUUGCAGUCCAGAAGACUCCUACAAGAAACUCUACGCCGAAAUGUAUAAAAAGGCCUACAACGAAGCAUAUCAAACAGCAUGUUGGGACUCGUUCCACCGAUCAUAUGAAGCUGGGUUCAACGCUAAAUUCACCGAUCAUUAUAUGAAAGCAUACAUGAACGCGUUGAUGAAGUUGGAUAUUGAUAAAAUUCCAUUUCCUAAUAAUGGAGAAUCUAAGCAAACAUCUACUCAGAUGAUUCAACUAUCUACUCAGAUGAUUGAACUUUUUAAACGCAUGCAAGAACUCGAAAAGAAUCGAAAAGGCGACAUGGCUCAGCGAGGAAUUAUCCAGCUAUUUUCGGGUUUAUUGGCAAUGCUCUUUAUGUAUCUUGUCAUGAAUAUGGCUACCAGAAAGGUCUGA